CGGCAUCGACAUCAGCAGAGCAGGACGACAGAAGACACCGAUGUCGACGCAUGUAUCCGUGUCGGUGCUGAUGUCGAUGCCAAUGCCGGUGUCAGCGGCGAUCGCCUGCGACAACAGCACAACCCCUGGCAGCAGCACAACCGCCAGACAUGAGCCCGGCUGCGCAUGGCGGCGCCCUCUGGCUGCGUUUUUCUGCCCAUCGGCCUGCCAGCAAGGGUGCUGUCCAUCAAGCCGGCCAUCGCUCUGCUCCGGCAUCGUCUCUGGCUCUCGUCACUCAAUCCAGCGCCCAUGUCGUCUCUGCUAGCACGCAACUCUGCCCUCGCGUCCCGGCUCGUCGGUCGCCCGGGCAUCGUCCAGCCCGUCUCCAGGGCCGUUCUCAGCACAUCCCGCUUCGGUCUCCAGAGGCCCAUCGACAGGGUCUGGCCAUGUGCCGUCCAGAAACGGUCGAUUUCGUCCUUUGAAGGGCUGGAUUUCAACAAGAAGAACGCCCUCCCCCUCAAUACGAUCAUCAAGUUUGUGCCCCAGCAGCAGGCCUGGAUCGUCGAGCGCAUGGGCAAGUUCCAUCGGAUCCUCGAGCCUGGCCUGGCCAUCCUCGUCCCGUUCCUCGACUCGAUCCGCUACGUCAAGACCCUUAAGGAGGUUGCUGUGGAGAUUCCCACCCAGAGCGCCAUCACCCAAGACAAUGUAACCCUUCAGCUCGACGGUGUGCUCUACUACAAGAUCAUCGAUCCGUAUAAAGCGUCCUACGGUGUCGAGGACUCGGAGUUUGCCAUCACUCAGCUUGCCCAGACAACGAUGCGAGCCGAGAUCGGCCAGAUCACUCUCGACCGAACCCUGGCUGAACGAACGCACUUGAACGCCGCCAUCGUCCACUCAAUCAACAUCGCUGCUGCAGACUGGGGUAUCCAGUGUCUGCGAUACGAGAUCAAAGACAUUCACCCUCCCGAGAACGUGGUCGCAGCAAUGCACCAGCAGGUCAGCGCCGAGCGCCGCAAGCGAGCCGAGAUUCUGGAGUCUGAGGGAUCUAGGCAAGCCACUAUCAACAUUGCCGAGGGUCAGAAACAGUCCGUCAUCCUCGAGUCUGAGGCCAACAAGGCCAGACAAAUCAAUGACGCGGCGGGUGAGGCCGAAAGCAUCAUGCUGAAGGCCACAGCCGCAGCCCAGUCGCUCGACGUGAUUUCCAAGGCGAUCCAGAACAACGGCCAGAACGGCCAGGAUGCCAUUGCCCUCACGGUUGCCGAAAAGUACAUCGACAGCUUUGGCAGGCUCGCCAAGGAGGGCAACACCGUGAUCGUGCCGAGCAACGUGGGCGAUGCUGCCGGCAUGGUUGCGCAGAUGAUGGCCAUCUUUGGCAACGUCAAGAACAUCCAGAGCAAAAACCAGCUCGACUCCAGAUCGCGGGACUGAGUGAAAGUUCCGUCCAACCUUUCUCGGCGGCGUUUCCCCCCCUCCCUACCUCCAUCCGUCCGGCUAUCCAUCCACCCAUCCUCGCUCCCGAUCCGCACGCUGUUCACGUCUCGUGUCAAGUGCAAUGACUCUUCUCUGCUCUGCCGCAUGCGCAUGUACCCAGGAGCAUGUCGAUAGCUCGGCGAGGGAAUAUGCGCCGCUGGGCUCUGUAGGCUCGCUUGCGGGCGGUGGUCAGUCCUCUAUCGCUAUCCUUUGUCACUCUCCAUAAAUCAAUACAAUCGAUGGCAAGGUGAUGUA